UAAGUGUGUAUAAAUAUGUCAAGUUAUUACUUUUUUUGAUAAUGCAAUACCACUACAGCUUUCCAUCUUGUAUUGAGUAUAUUAACUUAAAAGUUGGUUGAAGAAUAUUGCAGUUCAAUUCUGCUGAAACCCGCGCUGGAUUUUCAGCCUUUUUAAAUCAUUCAAUUGACUGAUUAAAGAAGUGCUUUCACUGUUUUAUUGAACCUAAAUUCGUUGGUGACCUAAAACCAGUUUAUUUACAUGGCAUAAGCAAAGUACAAAUCGUCUAGGUUUUUAACAGCCAUAUGGAUUCAAUUUUGGAAUAUUUUCAUAGGUAGUUGGGCAGACUUUAUACUUCUUCAAUCUACAUGUACCAUAUUUUUUCGCUCAUAAGGUGUAGCAUUUUUUCAACGAAAGUUUGCAUGAUAACUCUAAAUCUGUUGUAAUUUCGGGGUGUGUCUUAUAAGCGAGUAGCUGUGGGGAACAAAACAAAAUUGAGUCAAAUUCUUGACUCCAAAAGCUCUAGCAGCUCAUCCUCUUCUUUGUUAUUGGUUUUCAAUGACUUCUACAUCUUCUAAAGCUGGUAUUAAAUGACGAACGAAUCCUUUUCCAUUCAAAGCAAAUCAUCUGGCGUCGAUCAUUUUGAACUGAAUGUUGAUGCUUGGCAACGAGGCAAAUUUUUGAGCAUGUGCUUGACCCAAGAUGGCAGUUUGAUUAUAGUCAUUUCCACACUGCAAUCUUGUGCUUGUUUCAGACCUUUAUUUUCCAAAGAAAGCUCCCAAAUCUGUCAAUAGAACUGUGAGAGCACUUUUAUCACAGUUAUUUUGAUAAACAAGGGCUUAAUUUUACCAGAUUUGGCACAAAAUAUUCAGGCUCAUGUAUUAUGCGAUCGAUUUUAUCUUGAUACUAGCGAUGCAUGUACUGAAGUCAAUAUGCCGCAACCAAGACAGCUGAUUUGUUUAUGAAACAAAAACAGAUUCCCUAACUAUUGGCAGCUUUAGAAAAAAAUGCUUUCCAUUUGAUAUGUGUGAUUUUUUUGCUUUUGAUUGAAAUAUGUAACCUUUUUCGCUUUUGUUCACAUAGGUGAAUGGCUGUAAUCAGCCUCGUUGGAAAGCGUGUUGUUGUAGUUAAGGUGAAGAUCGCCGAAAAUCGUGGCUGUGCCAUAUAGCUGGGUAUUAAUUUUGGCUUAAUUUUCAGUUUGUCAACUUGGAAAAAUUGCAUUGAAAAGUUUGGGUGCGUCUUUUAACCGAAAAAAUAUGGUACCUUCGAUAACGUACAGUAGUUGGAAAUGUAUGUUUCAAAUUUCUCCAUGUUUACUUUUAAUACAUGUCAUUACACAGUUUUGUUGUCCUCAGGUAGGGAUAUUUUAUCAGAUUUGAACCACCGUAAAAUUCCAAAAAUAAGCCCCUCCAUGUAUAAGCCCCUCCAAACAUAAGCCCCUCAAACUCGUAACACAAAAAACCCACCGUUAAAUCGCCCCUCCGAAUAUAAGCCCUUGGGUGCUUAUACUUGAAAAGUGCCCUCAAAUACAACAUAAAACAAAGCAAGAACGGUACAGUAACAUAUAUUUUUUGUAUUUGCCAAAGAACUAUCACAUGUGUGCAAAGUGUUUGUAGUCAGAAAGUGUCACAGUUAAUUGCUGUGGGCGUGGUUCCUCUUCACUCUUAGCUUUUAUUUCCUCGGUCCAUAUUGACAAAGUAGUGGCAUGCCUACGCUUUAGAAAGGUCUAUGUCCUGAAAGCGAGUUUUAGUAAAAACUUUUUGCAAAUUACUGAGAUAAUUUUCCUUUCAACUAUAAGCUAGCCCAAUCGAUUUUGACACAAAUUAUUGCCCUCCAAGUAUGAGCCUAGGCGAUUUUGAAAUGCAAAGUUCCCUCCGUAUAUAAGGCCUUCCGAAUAUAAGCCCCUCCAAAAAUAAGCCCCUCAAAAAGGGCCUGUGAAAAAUAUAAGCCCUGGGGCUUAUUUUCGGAAUUUUACGGUAUUUCGAGUCCCAAGGGUUGGGAAUUUGACCAAAAAAAGGCAGAAAAAUUCAAAUGCCACACCUAUACCCACAGCCCCCAUCUCCUUCCAAACAUUGAUACCUGCAUUAGUGCUCCGGUGUUUUUUUUUUUAAUUAUACAGUGUAGAUCAAAAUUUUUUCAUUGUAAUAAAGUCGUGUCUUAUUUUUAAUUUAAAGGGCGUCAUACAUAUAUUUGUCUUCAUUUGCUUUUAAAAAAGAAUUCUCAUAACGAAUUUGCUGAAUUUGUUAAAAAUGGUCAUUUGCUAGGUUGCUUUUGCCAAGCACAUGAUAUUUUCCAAGGGUACAAUGUGUCGUGUUAAAUGAAUAAUGGGAAAAUAAAUGUUAUUCCAUGAUGCUUUAGUCUUUAGAGGAGACAGGUUUUAUCUUUCUAUUUUCUUGUUAAAAGAGGCCUUUUCAUAGACUUUCGUUACUAGACCUAUCAUAGAAACUGAUUUGGGUCAUGAAAAAAAAAUUACUUUUAAAAUUAAGUUACAGUUGUCUGUCCUAGGCUCUCGGUCUGUGCAGACCAGGGAAAAACCAAGCAAGCAGUUAAAUAGCAAACGAGCGAAAAAUUACAGGAAGAGAGUAUUGGAGAACCUGUAAUAUAAGCAUCUUUUCAAAUACAUGUAUAACCUCCAUCUGCCUGCUACCCUGAACACUUGCUGAAAAAGGGUUUCUUGUGUCAAAAUGUCAAAUGUCAAGACGUCAAAAGGUGCAGCGUAGGAGGGUUUCACAUGCUUAGCAUGUUUGUUAGACUCUGUACAUGCAAAGCCAAAUGGUUGACGUGAGUGUCAAAGUAUAUUGUCACAAUUUACUAAUCAUAGGGUUUACGAGGAGUUGAUAUACUGGAAUGAGGUAUUGAAAACAAUCCUUACGGGCUCCACUACUCCGUCUCUCCCCAGCACCUAUGCGAUCUAUGUGCAACUUUUCUUGAUCUGCUUUCCUCUCUCUCUUGGAGCCUAGAACAAGGCUAAAGUUAUAGAAAUUAAUAUGUUGCUCUGAUGAGGGUGUGGGCUGUAAAUUUUGAAAGACCACACCCACCCUCAGAUUGUGAAAGUCCAUGUUUAUGUAUACAUUUGUACCACUAUGGGCAGGCUGAUUUUGUGUAUUGUUUGAUUCCCAGGUUUUUUUGUUACCACGAGACUGACUCCUUUUUCAGAGCAGAAUAACAUCAGGGGGGACUACAUGUUAUGCAUUUCAGAGGGGCAGGUGAUACUUAAGUCUGUUGACAAAACUGUUACUAUUGUGACUUGGCAUGUGGGUCAUCUGCGAUCAUACUUAAGUGAACCUGCCAAGACUGCUGGUGACAAGGACAUGCAACUUCUUACACUGAAUGCUGGCAGGUAAUACACAGCUACUUAUUUAUACUUGUUAAAAAAUGGUAAAGGCUCACACCCUGUGAAGAGAGACGAAGUGGAGUAAGUUCCUUGUUUAAGGGAACAAUGUGAUGGGCGAGGCGUGAACCCUGGACCUCCAGAUCCAGAGUUCACUCGGGCACAUACGCCUCCACUAUAUACACUUGUGCCAGAAAGGCAAUAGAAGUGUCUAUGAGCCACUUUUGUAAUUAGUUUUGAUGUUAUUCUUUGAAGAUAAGAAACUCUUCAAUUUCAAAGUUGAUUUAAGCUGAAAGCAAGCAUCUUAAUUAUCCAGCGUAUCUGUCAAUUCAGUUGUUUUAAGGAACAAUAAUUGACAAUUGAAGCAAAACUACAUUUCAGCCUAUCAGUAGCACUUGGAGAUACAUUUGUUUAGACCUGUUGCUCUAAGAUUCCAGAGAAGUUGAGUAGUUUUGGGUGGUAAAUCGAGUACAUAGUGAUUGUGGGAGAGAUACAUGUGUAAAAUCCACGCAACUGUGAGUGUUUUUUAACAUGCAUUGCAGAUGUAGAAGUGCUGAAACUUUGAUGUUGUGGCAGAGACUCGUCCGAGCUGCUUCGCGUGAGGGAGGUGGGGAGGGUAAUCAUGAAAAUAUUGUAAAUAGGCAAGCUAAUCAUUGAUUGUGACGAUGAGUUUUAACAUCCUUUUUAUUUUACUUCACAGACGCAGCGCUACUGGUGAAGGGAUUUUUCAGUUCCUUACUAAACAUGGCGACACCAUCAUCGAUGAAAUCCGCCGGCAAUCACAGCACGCAUUUCAGUCAGCAGCGCAGAAACGUGAAGCUUUUGUCCGAGGCCAGUCAUUAAACGGCAGUGACCCUAGAAAUUCCCCACCCUCUCAUUCCUCAAGAAUCUCACGGACCAAUACUGCACCCCCUGAAAAGCUGACCAGGAUUUUGACAAGGAAGGACAGGAUACAUUUGGCUGAGAACCCCAAGAGACUACGCUCUGAAACGGAUCCUACCGCUGACCAGAAAUCAGAGAACGACAGUACUGCUGUUACAGUGAACGGGUUACCAAAUGGGUCUGCCUCAAGCCCAGGCCUUCGACCCCGAUCAGCAACUGACUCCUCUGUUGAGAAGCCUGGAGACGAUGAAGUCUUUCUCACUCAGCCCACGCCGUAUUGUGAAAUUGAUGACGGCGUCCAAGAAGCCACGGACACCAGCGAGGUUAGUGCUUACAUAGAUCUGCUCUCAGAUAGCACCGCUGAGCCAAUUCACAUCUCGGACCCAGUUCACUCACGGAAAAUGUCCAACGAGUCACUGACAAGCACGAGUUCGAUGACCAGUGAGGAUGGGAGCAUGCGCAAUAGAUCUUUGCCAAGGAACCUUUCGAGUCCGCGUUUGAUUCCUGAGGCCGAUGAGACGGACGCCGAGGGAUACAUCAGAUGUGAAGCCCUUCAAACAGGACCCGGGGAAAAAGAACUUGAUGGAAACGGAAAUGUUGUUGGUGUUUUAGCGUCUGAAAACGCGCCCGAAAAUCAGAUGUCUAAUUUAUCAAGUACUAAAAGACGGAGCCUCCCAAGCUCUCCUAAUGGUGUAACCACAGUCAAAACUGGCGGCUUAGAACUCUCACCAGCUAACCCCAGGAUUAAUCGAAAAAUGCAGGAGGAUUUGGUUGCUCAAAUAAAGGAUCCUAAUGUUGAAACUUUCCCGCCAAAACCGAAGUUAGAGAGGGAGCGUGCGCUCAAGUCCGAAGAUGUUUUCCCGCCAACUCAGUCUAACACGGACAAUGAAGGGUUGAAUACUUCUUUAGUCGCCGCUGGCCAAGUCGAUGCAGCGCAUGCGUUAUUAGAACAAGCCAGAGAUCCCGAGUCCUCUAAAAAGCUCUUAGAUCAAAUUAUCGCUCAAAUGGAAACACCCUUACAGCAUGACGUCAGCGAACUUUUCCCUGUGGCGACACGAAAACGGAACAGUAUUGGAGCAGUACCUUUAGAGGCUGUCCGCGCUGACCAGGUCAAAAGCAAGGGAGGCUCCCCUUUCAAGAAACACACUGUGAUUGAAAAGAGCAAGUCGACUUGCGAAGGAUUCUUGCCGCGUGCAUCUAGCCCCGGGCCUCCUCCUGUUCCACUUCGUCCAGAGACAUUGGACAGGAGAAAAGCAUGUUUGUCUGUGGGCGACAUCUCUGAGGAUUUACAUAAGCGGCCGGACUUAAUAAACAUGCAUCGCCCGUCGUCUACGUUUUUCGCGAAAGGCCUGAAGAGUGUUAAUCCUCAGACUCUGAUGUCGCCGAUAAGGGCCAACUUUAGCGCGAGUCAACUCGGAGGCGGCGGCGAAGCUGCAAUACAUGCCCGGCUUAUACAAAACACCGAGAUCAGAGAUGAACUUGCACAGUUUUCUGCCUUCCGGGCUCAAACUGUGGCUACCAGAGAAGAUAUAGCGACAUGUCCGAUUGGUGAUGGAGGAAGCGCCGCUACCUGUGCAAUAACAGACGAGGUGAUUUUUAACACUACAGAUUCUGGAGAUAAGGUUCGUAAAUCUACCGAGAAUUUAGACGAAGACGUGCAAUGCGACAUGUCGAGACGUAAAGAUUCGAAAGCGAGUAAGUUUGUGAAAAAGGUAAAGAAACUCGCGCCGAAACCGAGACGAGGGAGCAACGACUCGCGAGAAAAUGACGAUGAUUAUUCGGGCCCUUCGGAAAGACCUCGGAGAGAGUCUCUUUCCCCGGGGGAUGCCUUGGAUUUGCAAGGACGAUUUACAGGAAGCGAAACCAACUCACCAGAAACGUCUCCCAAGAUGAAGAGAAAAAAUUCCAAAACGUCACCCAAAGAUAAAAGAAAGUCAUCUAGUGAAGAGAAAUCGAAGAAAGACAAAGAAACGUCGGCCUCGAAGAUAUUACGCAUUGUAACGAAGGGUGACCAAAAGAAAGAUGAAAAUAAUCAGAAAACCUCUUUUAAGAAGGUCUCAAGAGAGGAAUCGCCAAACAAAGAUGUAUCAAAUGAUGACAUCUCAAAACCUUUAACUCCUACAAAGCGUAACGCUUCAGGACCAGAAAAUCCCAGGAGGAAAUCUGAAGAUGAAAAUGCAAAUAGAAGUUAUGAGAAUUACGAGUAUAUUGACAGCCUUCGCCAAAGCGUGGGGCAAGUGGAGCGACUCGCGGAUAGCGGAAGUCUACCCUCAGGCGAUUUCCAAGAGCCUGCACCUGCCAUCCCCCCGAGAAAGAAGUCUGAUGCCCCACCUAUACCCCCAAGGAUACCGAGAUCACCCCCCUCUCCUAAGUCAGCUGCUUCUCCCGUUCAUUCUCCCCCACCUCAACACGCGACGCGUCACCCACAACCCGCUGUUCCACCCCCGAGGGAAGGAAGGCGACACAGCAGCUCUAGUACAGGCAGACAUCACAGCAGCGGUGGACAGAAGGAUGACUUUUUGCCUCCCCCACCCGUACCCCCACGAAACACCCAGUCUCCGGAGAAUAAGAAAGUACAGCCAGCCAACAAAGCAUCGGCUGCACGGACACCUGUCAUUCAACUUACUUGUUCGUCGCCUGAAAACCGGGACGAUUCGUCUGAAAGGCAAAAUUCGGGUAAGUGUGCGGCAAUUUCGUUGUAGGGCCCCUCCACGGGAUCACUUAUUGAUAUUAAUGACCUUAACGCAACAGUACGGCAGGAAGAAGAGGAUGGCAAGAAGUUGUGUGUGAAAAACGUGACAGGACAAUUACCUGCAAGUUUUGUCGUGAUCUUCUUGUACAAAAAGACCUGUUAAAGGAAGAUGAAGUUUGGGGGAACAGUUUUUUCAGACAUAAUUAUUGUCACGCUUGUCACACAAGGUUUGCCGUCUUCUUUUCCCCUCUAUCCUUCUGUGUAAGUUCACUAUUAAUGUGCCAACCAGAAGCUCUUUGGUUCUUAAAACUAAAGAUUCUAUAGUUUCAUUUGUUACAAAUUUGAGGAACAAAAACCAAAAACAAUGGAUCGGUGAUUUAAACGAAGUCUAAAAACUGGGGUUUAUAAUAUCUUUGGUCCUCAGGAUCUCUUCCUUAGGCCCGGUUCAGACGCCGUACUUUUCAUGAGCCGAACUUAAUACAUUGAAUUAAGUGCAUGAAAAGUUCGGCGUCUAAAUCAAUUAGGAACGCCUGUUUCAAUUUGGAACGGCUCAGCCGUUCUUUUCGCCUAGCCCGGCCGGGAAUUUCACCUUCGGAUCGACUUUGGAACGCCUUUGAUUCAGACGCCGAACUUUUCAUGUACCGAACCAAAUGCAGAAAUUCUUACAACGUAUUUUGUAAGCAGUUUGACCGAAAUGCGCAUUUUUCGCCUUCUGAAUUUAGUUCGGCUGGAAUUAAGAUCGGCGUCUGAAUCACUUUAGCCGGUUUAAAUAAUUUGGAUCGGCCUUAAUUCGAAUUAGGUUCGGCUCAUGAAAAGUUCGGCGUCUGAACCGGGCCUUACUGGGUUAUUUAAGAAGAGAAAUGCUUUUCUAGUCUACGCCAUAUGCUUUCAUGCCGGAAACUGUUCAAGAAAAAUGGUGUUAACGUAAAACGUUCGGCAAUCUGAAAAUGGCUUAAAACGUGGUUUUGUGAAACACUGGCUAAACUCCGUUUAAAUAACUGGCCCAAUGUUUCUACACGCAACGCUCCUCGGGAGGAGCGUUACGUGACGAGACAAAUACGGCUGCGAGGGAGACUAAGGGUGUUCCCUCCCUUGAAAAGAUGUGGUAUUCUUUCUCCAGGUUACAUUUGGUACAUUCCUCCCUUUCCAGUAACUUGCGCUCGAUCUCGACAAUCUUGCGAAAAAUAAUCAAUGUUAUGUCACCGUAAAUUUUGAACAUAUAAUUAGCGUGAAGAAGUACAGGCAGGGAACUUACCGUCACUUGGUUCCUUUAAAGAACGCUAGGGAAGCGGUCAUAACUUGAUGGCCGUAAAAGGAGAGAAAAUUGGAAAAAUCAGGGAAAGAGUUGUACGUACGUUCUGAUACUAUAAUAGCCAUGUGGUAGUACAUGCUCGGGAAAUUUGGGUUUUUGCUCUGGUGGCUGAAACGGGUUGAGUAUGUUGCAGUUGUUAGAAUAAUGAAACUAAUUUAAGUUUGAAUUAAUAUUCAAUUUCAGAUUCUGAGGAUCCUACGAGUUGUGCGACAUCCGAUAAGGUAAUGUAUGCAACUAAAUGGCUAGUGUGCCGUUUGUGUCCCGGGGCGGACCUCUAUUAACCCCCCGGGGUGCUUAUUUAUUGCAGACAAGUUUGGGCGGGGGCUUAAUAGAGACGGAGGCUUUUAGAGGGACGGGCUUCUUUAAUUUAGAAAAGACGAUGCUAUCGGUUCUCCAUAAAGAACUGGAAUGCAAAGUGGAAAAGUUCAAAGUACAAGAAGCCGCCUGGUUAGCUCAGUUGGGAGAGCGCCGGUCUGCUAAGCGGGAGGUCGCGGGUUCAAACCGCGGCCGGACCAACACCUAGGGUCUUUAACCCUUUAAGUCCCAAUAGUGACCAACAGCAAUUUUCUCCUAACGAUAUCCAUACAUUAUCAUGAGAUUAGGUUAUGAGAUUUAAUAAAAUGAUCACCUGAGAGAAAAUACUUUGAUCUUUUAUCCAAUUCUCUGAACUAAUUCUUAAUGGAAAUGUAUAGAGAUCAGUUUGGAGAAUUUGUGUGUGGAUAUUGGGGCUUAAAGGGUUAAAUAACUGAGAAGAAAGUGCUGUCUCUGUAAUGACAUCUGCAAAUGGUUAGAAUUUCUAGUCUAAAAAGACAAAAAACCGUAGGUCCCGUCUCACAGCACUUUCACUGAUCUGUUCUUGUGGGACGUAAAAGAACACACGCUACUGUUCGGAAAGAGUAGGGGACGUGGACCCCGGUGGUGUGGCCAACCUCUCAUGACGGGUUGUGGGAUUGGGUAGGGAUGGCACCUUGCAUGGGACCUAUGAGUCCCGUUCGUGCCCAUUCCCUCUGGGCAGGCCUGUGUCCAGACAAGCCGUUAAAAUAAAAAAAAUUUGGAGGUCAUGCAGCGAAGGAUCAAAAACGAGGCCGACCUUCCAGCAUGUGAAUAAACAUUCCCGGAUCAGCUCAAAUGAAGUUUUACAGUCGUGAUUGAUUAACAUAGUCUAUCAUUUAUUCCAUUUAAGCCAGAGGUAAUGAUGGGUUCGUCAAAUUCGGCUGUAUAAAUUACCGUUGAUGCUCGAAUUACACCCUUCCGAUAUCUCUGUAUGUCUUACCUUUCCGCUGACUUCCGCGCUCCCCCGAAAAGGAGAAAUAGCAGUAAUCGGACAAGUGUUGCUCCAUUCAUUGAUUACAUUUAUAGGGUUGUUAAGGGGGAGGCUUAUUCAGAAGGGGCACUUAUUAAUAUUCUUUCUUGCCUCAGGGAGGCGCAAAUUUGAAGGGGGCGCUCAUUCCAGCAUUUACGGCUAUUUGGGUUUGUUCCUUGGUGUUGCGGAAACUACCGUCGGUUCGCCUUUGUGUUAGGUUGUGGGUAUAUUGUUCAGUGUCUUUUCAAUCCUUUUGUAAUACCGUAAAUCCUCUAUAAGCCCUCCCUCUUUAAUAAGCUCCCUUCCCCCCCCCUUUUUGAGAGAAAGAAAGUUAAUAAGCCCCCCCUCCCCUCCCCAUUAUUAUUUUUCACUAAUAAAUGAUAAACUGCAUUAAUCAAUCACGACUGUAAAACUUCAUGUGGACUGACCCAGGAUGGUUUAUUCACCAAUUGGAAGUUCGGAUUUGUUUUGAUCCUCGGCUGCAUGACCUCCAGCUUCUUGUUACUAGAGUUUUCCACUUUGUAUUCUAGUUCUUUAUGAAGAACUGAUACCAUCGUUUUUGCUAAAUCAAAUAAGCCUCCCCUCCCUCUCAAAUAAGCCCCCUGUCUCUGUUAAGACCCCGUCAAAUGUGUUUGAAAUAAAUAAGCCCCCCCCGGGGGGGGGAAGGCUUAAUAGAGGAUUUACGGUGCGUCAUUUGGUGAUCGCAUUAGUCCGCAGCACCAAGAAACUCCUUCUAUUUGACGACUUGAUAUUUGAAAUUGCUGACUUUUUCAUUUCGGUACUACAAACGUGCUACUGUGCCGCUUUCUUCACUGUAAUUUUAUUUAUUUUCCAGAUUUCAGAUUCAAACCCUCCAAUACUGUCGGACACUCACCAGUCGCCAGAAUCACUGUCGCAUCCAAUACCCCGCCGGCCACCCAAGGGCGAGCGAAGGACUCAGGCUAAAGAAUAUUUUCGGACCCAUACCAGUCAGCGUGUUCGUUCUCCUUCGUCAGACUCUGAUGGUGGUGAAAUGGAGGAUAGAGACUUCCCGCCGCAUUCUCCACGCUACGGAAACAUCGAAGACAUAAGGAGGAAUGCGCAAAGAAACGAACUUGAGGGAGCUACCUGUCGAAACCACUCUUCUCCAGAAGAAACUCAUCCUUCGACUCAUGAGAGCGAUGAGUCCAGCUGCGUCAGUGCGUCCUCUGUUGAAAGGAAGAGUUUGGAUGACGGGUGCGUAGUAAAGCCGCAAAGAGAUGCGCUGCGUCUAAAGAUUAACUUGAAGAAGGAGCCCUCAGUUGAUGAAGAUGUCCCGCCCGGAAGCAAGGACGCUGAAGGCGUGACAGAGCAAAGAAAGCCAAAAAGACCCGCUACUCCUUUGAGUAUAAAACGAAGCGUAUUUACAACAGCUAGCGUGAGUAUAAACUAAGUUACGGCCUCAUUCAGACUUAUCCCGAUAUUUUGAAAAAGGAUUUUUUUUUUCCUGUUGUCAAAAUCGUAGCGUGUUCGAAUCGUUUUCUCCACUCCACAAGAAAACGCUAAGCGUAGUGCUAUUCGUGUAUGAUGCAUGACAUCAUCGUAUUCGAAAACCUCCAUUUUCGUCGAUCCACACGUAAAGGAGUAGCCGGCGUUAUAAAAAAUCUCCACUCUGGAGAGCGUUUUUGAAAAGAUGCGUUUUCGGUAAACGUUUCCACCGGAUACGCGUGGUUGGUAGGCCAAACCAGAGCAAAAAAAUAUCCUUUUUCAAACAACAACGGAUAUUUGUCGACGGGGUCGACACGUAGAAAGCUUGCAACCAAAUCUUGUGUCAAGCUUGGUGGGUGAUGUCACAUACAUCACUCGCCAUGAGGCUGGAAAUUUGACUGUUUUUAGUUUGCGUUUUUUUACAUACGUUUUGAAAGCCCCGAAAUCUCAGUUAGAAGUAAUAUAGUUUUAACUUACAGUUUGUGACUGAAACUAAGUGGUGUUUACGACUCUCCAAAAACGUUUCCAAAGUCCUUUUUGUGAUACUAUUUAUUUUUUCGUAAUUUGAAUUUUUCCGUUCUUUUUGUCAUAGGCGUUGCCAUAUUUCAGUAUGUUUGAUCAAGUGAUGACGAACGAGUGAAAUUAGGAGGUAAUUUCACGUGCGUUUUGUCCAAAAUUCGAGUCAUUUUGGGGGGAAAUUGUUAGAAUUUUGAUGAAACACAAGUGAAAUUAUUUCCUACCUUUACGAGUAAACUAUAACUGUAAGUUUCGACUUGUUCAUGUAUUGAGACCUCCAUGCACUGGAAAGGUAACAUUUUUCUAAAUUUUUCUGCAAAUAACCCGUAAGAAUCCCGGGGGGGGGCACUCCCAUACAUUACCUAUACGGGUAUGUGCCGCCCAACGGGGUCGUGAUUUUGAAGCUCCUGGUUUAGAACGGGGUAUUCAUUUCAGAGGCGAUUUCUAGAAAGGGGUAUAAUAUUUCGAACGCACGAAAGCUCCACUUUUGUAAGCAGCCAUUUGAAAUUAUUCAAGGACAGAUUGCUUUUAAAAAUACGGUUCAAUGCGUUAACAAGCAAACUGUUAUACUCUUGUUGCACCCUGGAACGGAGUAUAAAAAAUUGGCCCAUUUCUAGAACGGGGUAUCAGUUUUAAAGCGAAUUCUAAAACGGGGUAUAAAAAAUUGGCCCAUUUCUAGAACGGGGUAUCAAUUUCAGGAGAAAUUUUUUUUAGAACGGGGUGCCAAUUUGGAGUCCCGGGCGGCACAUACCCACCCGAAAAAUACCCAAGUGCCCCCCUCCCCCCCGGGUAAGAAUCCUCCUUGCUGUUUAAAAUUGUCCUUUUUUUUCUUGUGCCAUUUUGGCACGGAACGUUGCCAUGGCAGUGUCGUAAUGUCACAUGUGAAAUUCUGAAUUAACGCCGACAUUUCACGCCAGAAGUAAGGAGUCAUUUCUAUGUCAUGAUAUUACAGGAUUAACAGCUUUGUUCUGUAGAUUGGACUCUUGCAUCAUGUUCAUAUUUGGUUGGCGAUUGGGCAGAAAAACUUUUUUUGGUGGCGGUGGGGGAGGGGGGGGCUGCUUAAAGAUACCAAUUGUUAUAGAGAAUUAAAGGUAAUUUCUAAAAUGGAUAUAAUUUUGCAGUGGAGGUGUUUAUGAACAAAUCACCCUUCUCGUUGUUGGUCGGUAACCCAAGGGGUGCAGCACUCCUUUAUUUGGCCUAAAUGGAUAAUUAUGUGCCGCAGAACUGGUUAUGGUUUUCAGGGUCCUGAAUCUUAAACAGGGUAUACAAUUUCACUAUUAUUCGUCUUGAACAGGCUGGCGAUGAGCCAUAAAAUCUAAUUCCAUUAUGUUAGUUUGAAAAAUUACUUAAUUCUGUAGGCAAAAAGAAACUAACCAGGGCUAUGAAAUAAGGUCUUUUUUUCUAUAACAAGGUACUGAUAUGAGCAAUUUUUGUCUACUACUACAUGAGAAAUUUCUGCAAUUUGAUUGGCUUGGAGCAGUG